AUGGCACCUAAGAACCGCAUUAUUAUCGAUACCGAUCCGGGGGUGGAUGAUGUUAUGGCCCUGUUGCUGGCCCUCAGCGCCUCACCGGAGGAGCUUGAGGUUGCCAUGAUCUCUGUCACAUAUGGCAAUGUGCCGCUGCAAAGGUGUCUCCGUAAUGUUGUGGCCUUGUUCCACGUGCUCGAGAAGGAGAUGGCCUGGCGGAAGGCCACUGGCAAGCCCACCUACGGCUCGUUGGGCGCCUACAAACCUAUCGUCGCUGUUGGCGCCCAGCAUGCCCUCGAAGAUGAGGAACUUGUAGCGGACAACUUCCACACCUGGCGUACCCUGUUUGAGGAUGACCCCGUUGAAUCCAACAGCACCGCCGAGCCGCCAUCGUACUCGGCAUAUUUCACCCCAAGCAAGACGCCCGCCCACAAGGAAAUACUCCGGCUUCUGAAGGAGGAGCCGGAAAACACCAUCACCAUUGUCGCUAUUGGCCCGCUGACCAACGUUGCCCUGGCGGCUUCCGAGGAUCCUGAGACCUUUCUCCGGGUCAAGGAGCUCGUGGUGAUGGGAGGCGCCGUGGGAGUCGAAGGCAACGUCACCCCGUGCGCCGAGUUCAACUCCAUGGCCGACGCGGUGGCCGCCGCACGGGUCUUCGCCCUGACCUCGCUCAUCCCGUCGUCCACCAUGCCGCCCGUACUCGACGGCAAAUCCUUCCUGCCUCCGUAUCCCGCGAAGCUAUCCCGUCAACUGAAGCUCACUCUCUUCCCACUCGACAUCACCACACCGCACGAGAUCAGGAGGCAGGGUUUCAACGCCAAGGUCCAGUCCCUUAAGGAAGCUGGCAGUCCUCUAGCGCAGUGGACCGACACCUUUAUGACCGGCACUUUUGACAAGAUCGACUCGAUCCUCGGCGUGGGCCACAACGCCGGCCUGUCGCUGCACGACCCACUGUGUAUCUGGUACAUGCUGACCCGUGACCAUCCCGCGUGGAAGACGGUGCCCAAGCCCGAGGACAUCCGCAUCGAGACGUCCGGCCAAUGGACCACAGGCAUGCAUGUCAUCGACAAGCGUGCCCGGGCGAAGCCCGCCGAGCUGGACAGCACAGUGCAGACACACCCGGAGGAUCCUAUGGACACCGUCACCGUGGACGAGAUCCCCGGUGACACCAUGGGCUGGUUGAGCGUGCGUAGGGGUAACAGAAUCAACAGGAUGGUGAAAUCGCCUGGGCAAGAUACCUUCGCAGGCAUCCUGCUGGAGAAGAUUUUCGCGUAA